GUCAAAAUGGCCGCCGUGAAAAGUGCCCGAAGCAGCACAUGGACUUUUACUUGGGAACCAGAAGGACCUUUUGGCUCUCCGACUCAGCGUGCCUGCACAACCCAGAGAGCCUCCACAGCAGCGGCUCCUGCAUCUCCAUCUCAAUUCCUCACCCUCUCAUAGCUCCCUCUGACUCUCCCUCGCUUCCUCACCCCCUUCCGAAUCACCUCUCACAAUAGACUUCCUCUCCGAGCACCAGCCUGAAGGGGAAAAGGCGGGGGGUGAGUUGGAAUAUACGGUUUCUCUACAACAAUGGAAAUUCAAUCAGGAAAUGGAGAGGAGGUGGCGAGAGCAGUGUCGGCGACCUCGAGCUUCGUUUCCCGCAGUGCCUCCGGGCCGCCAGAAGAUCCAGUGCUCAGAGAGGACCUGCAGGCUGCUAAGAGGAUUGAGAGGUUUGACAUCCCACUUAAUAACCUGAAGAGGAUGUUUGAGAAGCCUGCUGCGGCCAACACAGAAGUGAUAGCCAUCCACGCCUCCUCGUCCAGAAGAGUCCCGUCCGGCAGUCUCACACAAGCUGACCCAUCUACAGAUCCAACCAUGGCCGCUCUUUCUGCAGGCAGCGAAGGUAGAUCCACGCCUGGACGUCCAGAGGACAAGGCCCCGGGUGCCGAGGACCAGGAGGGAGAGCCGGUGUCGGUGAAGGAGCGACUGGCGAUGUAUCAGGCCGCUGUGUCCAAAAAGGAAACGGGCAGUUCCUCCUCUGCCGCGGUGAUGAAUGAGUCGGAGGCCUGCUCGCUGCCCGGCGGCCUGGCCAGCGUGAAGAAACAGUUCGAGAGCCAGGAGUUUGCCUCUUCGUCCUCGCAGUCCAGCGUCGCCCAGUUCCACUUCGAGCAGAGAUCGGUCCAGGAGACGUCUAGCUCCUCAGAGGUGACGGUGAGAAGCAGUGUCAGAGAGGUCGUCCCCACCACAACCCUCCUUCACAAUCAACAAGAGGUGAUCCAUGAUCAAAGAGUGCACCAGAACAAUGUGGCUGCCAGUUACGGGAACCAUUACAAUGAAACAGUUAUGCUCAUUGGAGGAGAGGACUUACCAAAGGUUUCCACUCAGUCUUUGAAGCAGCAGUAUGAAAAAACUAUUGUGGAAGCCGCACCAGCCAAGGAAAUUAAGGUUGAUGUGGAUUUCAACCAGUUUCAAUGGGCACCAGUGAAUCAGUCCUCCAAAGCUUCAACCAUGACAAGCUAUGACACCUCUUCCACCUUAAAGACUGCCACUCGCACUGCCUCAUCAGUAGCGUCUGCCUCGUCAUUGGCUUAUGAGAUGACGGAUAAUUUCCCUCCUCCGCCCUCAAACCUGUUACAGGAAACCCCUUACUCUGUCUCUCCCCAGCCUCAGGAGCUAGCCUCCCAACAUAAGCAGGCUGUUACUAAGGAGCAGUACUUUAAACACAAGAGUACAUCUGAACUAAAGCGCCUCUACAAGCACAUCAAUCCAGAAGUCCGCAAGAACCUGGAGGAGGACUUCUUGAAUGAGCUCACCGAAGCAGAAAAGAAGGACUUGGAAUGCGAUGAAAUGGUCGGAGAGGUCCAGCAGGCAUGCUAUAUGUUUGAAAAUGACGGCAAUGGCUCAAGUAAGUGUUCCAGCCCUGACAGAGAGUAUGUGGAAUGGGAUGAGAUCCUCAAAGGCGAAGUGCAGUCCAUGCGCUGGAUGUUCGAAAACAAGCCGCUAGAUGCGAUCAAAGACGACAACCCAGAUGAAGAAGAGGUGGGGUAUAUCGCCCAGCAGGAAAUCAUCGCCGGCAAAGAUGUCCGACAAACAGCUUGGAUGUUCGAGACUCGGCCCAUUGAUGCUCUGGGGACAGAGGCUACUGAUUCAACUGAGCAGUCACAGAAAUUGGCUGAUCUGGCGAGAGGGGAUGUCCGCACUGCCACGUGGCUUUUUGAGACGCAGCCACUCGAUUACCUGAAUAAGAUCUACCAAGAAGACGAGCAGGAGACGGACGUUGUCGUCACCAAAAGCAUCACCGGUGGUGAUGUGAAAACCGCCAGAUAUCUCUUUGAGACGCAGCAUCUGGAUUCCCUGGGUAAAACAGAAACAAUUGAGGAGAGCCACUUCCUGAACCUGAAGUCUGAGCUGGAGGAGACCAAAGGGGAUGUGAAGACAACCACUCGCAUGUUUGAGACCCAGCCCAUGUGUGUCAUCAGGGGGGAUUCGGGAGAGAUGCUGGAGAUCACCACCAUUCGCAGGGAGGAGACCGAGAAAGGAGACGUCAAGACUUCACGCUGGAUGUUUGAAACCCAGCCUCUGGAUAUCAUUAACAAAGACCCUGCGAUGGUGAAGCUGAUAUGUGGCAUAUCCAUGGAAGACAACAUCCAAGGCGGUGUGAACAAAGGUAGGUGGCUUUUUGAGACCAAGACUCUUGACACCAUUAAGGAUGAGGAAUGGGACAGUUCCAGGAAGCAAAAGGAAGACAUAAUCGGUGCUGAUGUGAGGAAGCACUGUCUGGUUUUCGAGACUCAGUCUAUGGAUACUCUGAAAGACAACGCCAAUGCUAGACCUUUAGCUUCAGAGGAGAUUGUAGGAGGAGAUGUUCAAUCAGCCAAACAUCUGUUUGAAACCGUACCCAUGGAAGAUCUGAAAGAACUGCUCGAAGUGGGAAAACUUAAGAAAAUGGUUGCAUCUGAAGAAGAAAAGGGCGACGUGAGGCAUCAAAAGUGGGUCUUUGAGAGCCAGCCACUGGAGAAUAUAAGGGAAGAGAAGAAGGAGAUUACAAGAACGGUGAACGUCGAAGCUCUUGACAAAAUAGAUGUGACAAAUUACAAAGAAAAGUUUGAAAGUAUGGAUUUAAGUAAGUGUGAAGGAACACAGAGAAUUCAAGUUGAAGGUGUCACAAGUGGAUCCGUCAGAUCCAACAGAGUUCUGUUUGAAUCCACCCCUAUGUAUGCUAUGCAAGACAGCUCCGGUCAUUACCACGAGGUUAGGACCGUGAGGCGUGAUGAGAUCGUGAAGGGAGACGUGCGCAGCUGCAGAUGGAUGUUUGAAACACGUCCUAUUGAUGAGUUUGAUGAAAGCAUCAAUAAGUUUCAGAUCAUAAAAGGGAUAUCCAAGCAGGAGGUCGAGUCAGGGGAUGUCAAAACAGCCAAGUGGUUGUUUGAAACUCAACCGCUAGAUGCCAUUAAAUCUUCCAGUCAUUUUGAGGAUGAAGAACAUAUAUCUAAGGAAGGUUUUGAAAUUGAGAAAGGGGACGUUAAGACCUGCAGGUGGCUAUUUGAGACUCAACCAAUGGACGCUCUGUAUGAAAAGGUUGAAAAGAGCGAGGCUGAUGUCGAGGAAGUUCAAAAGGGUGACGUCAAAACAUGCACCUGGCUCUUUGAGACCCAGACACUUGACAACAUUCGCGAUCAUACGGAGUCUGAGACCAUUCUGAAAACCUGCACUGUAAAGCAAGACGAUGUCCAAGGAAAAGACGUGCGACUGGCCCGCUUCCUUUUUGAAACUGAGAACCUUGAAAAUAUCACAGGUGAGGAUGUCGGUUCUUUCAGGAGGGUUACAGAAAUCGAUAUCCAUUCAGGUGAUGUUUCCAGGAUGAAGUGCGUCUUUGAGAAUCGCUCCUCUGACAUUAUGAGCUCCACCUCUGUGGAAACAAUGCAGAGGCUGAAGACGCAGCAGGCCGAGGACAUCCAGAAGGGAGACGUGAUGAACUGUACCUGGAUGUUUGAGCAUAAUCCAAUCGAUGCCAUCCGUGACGAUACUGAGGAGGCGAAGGAAAGUCGCACUGUGAUUGACGUUCAGGGCGGUGACGUUGAUAAGGGUCGCUUCAUUUUCGAGACCUACUCUCUGGAUAAAAUUAAAGAGGAGUCCACUGAGACUGACAUUUCUAAAAUCACUAGUAUCUUUAGAGAUGAAGUAGAGAGAGGGGAUGUGAAAAAUUACACCAUGAUGUUUGAAACUCAGCCGCUGUACGCAAUCCGUGACAAAGAGGGCCAUUAUCAUGAAGUGACUACAGUUACCAAGGAAGAAAUCAUUAGAGGAGACGUGGUGGGGGCUCGAUGGCAGUUUGAGACAAAGCCUCUGGAUUCAAUUAGAGAUUCCGAGGAGGUCUAUGUUAUCAAAGCUGUGACUGAGGAAGGCAUCAACAAAGGGGAUGUUAACAGUGCGAGGUGGAGGUUUGAAACUCAACCUCUGGAUGAAAUUACAGAGGAAAUAAAAGUCAGGUCGAAAACAGUUGCAGAUAUCCAAGGCGGAGAUGUGAAGACAAAUAAGCAUCGCUUUGAGACUGAUGAGAUGUCCCAAAGGUACAUCAGAACUGUAAGUGUGAGCGAAAUCCAGAAAGGCGAUGUCAGAUCUGCCACAUGGAUGUUUGAAAAGCGCACAAUUGACGAGAUCCACGGCGAAGGCGCAGAGUAUGAUGGCAUGGAGAGAGUGACAAAAGAGGAAGUAAUGAAAGGGGAUGUCAAACAGUCUGUGUGGCUCUUUGAGAAGCAGCCCCUUGACAGUAUCAAAGAGACUGACGGCACAGAGCUUGUUGUCACAAAGGAGGAAAUCCCACAGGCCGAUGUGAAAUCGACAACAUGGCUAUUUGAAACCACUCCGUUCCAUGAAUUCAACGAGAGCAGCACGAAAAAGACAGAAAUAUUUGGAAAAAGCAUCAAAGACACACUUGAGGAGCUGUACUGUCAGAAAAUGGUGGAAUCACAAGGUGUUCUUAUUGAGGCAGAUGAGAUUGGUGAUAUCCGCAUGGCUAAGUACAAACUAAUGAACCAGGAGGCUCCGCAAAUCCAAAGAGAAGAGAUUCUCAGAGGGGAUCUGAGCAACAUAAUGAUGAACCUCCUGGACCGCAGGGAGAUCACUGAAAGGGGGAUAACUAUUGACAGCGAGGAGCGGGGCAACAUCAACACCACAGUGAAGCAGCUAUUCAGCCAGGAAAGGGGAAUCAAUGUGGAGAAAGAGGAAAUUGUCCGCGGUGACAUUCAAGAGGCCGUAAACAAUCUGCUCAAGAGUGAGGGCUCCUCCAAGCGUGGCAUUCUGAUUCAAGAGGAUGAGAAGGGUGACGUGAGGAUGACUAUCUACUCCCUCUUGAAUAAAGGGGAGAGGGCUAGCAUGGAGAAAGAGGAUAUCAUUCAAGGGAACGUAAGCAGAACCCUUCAACGUCUUCUCUCCAACUCGGGAGGAGAAGACUCUAAAAAGAUCAGGGUUGGAGAAACGGAAAGGGGUAACGUCAGCUUUUACUCCACAUGCAUUGAGUCGGGAGCCUUGGAUUACCUGAAGCAGCUUCAGUACGAGCCUGGCGAAGCUCAGGAAGAAGUAAGAAAGGAGAAUAUCAUAGGUGUUGACAUUCAGGAGACCAAAAUCUUGCUGCGGAAGAAUCAGCAGCAGAUUGGCCGCACAGUGGCGGAAGACGAUAUAGUCCCUGGUGACGUACACAGCAAUGUGAAAGUCUUUAUGACGGAGCCAGCUGUAACCUACAGAAACCUGGAGAAAAAGGAUAUUGUUAAAGGGGACCUCAACGCGGCCCUGGAUUCACUGACCCAAGCCGUCAAUCAGAAAGUAGUAAUAGAGAAAGAGGAGGUGGUGAAGGGAGACAUACCCACUACUCUGAGGUCUCUGGAGGAGGCCCAGCAUCAAGCCAAAGAAAUGGAAAAGCCUGAAAUUGUCAGGGGAGAUAUCAGAGGUGCUCUCGAGUCCCUGGAGAAAUCUGCAACCACCAAUACAGAAGCUACAGUUGAAGAUCUGGUGCCAGGUGAUAUCAAAGGGACACUGAAGUCCCUGGAGGAGGCCAAGCAAGCUGUGAAAGAGGUCGAAAAAGAGGAGAUUCUUAAAGGGGAUAUCCACACGACCAUGCAAAGUCUACACGAAGCAACGAGUGAGAAAAAGGUUUACCAGCAUCAGGUGAGCGAACAAGGGGAUGUUAAAGGCACCAUUCAGCUCCUGCUUGAGCCAACGACCUCUUCCAGACUGCAGCGCAGGGGGAGCAUCGAAGGAGACGUGAAAACAUCUAUAAAAUGUCUCUAUGAAGGACAGGAGGCAACACAAAUGGAAAAGGAGGAAGUGGUUAAAGGGGACGUUCGAGGGGCAAUUAAGAAUCUAAUGCAUAAAAAACAAUAUUCGAAUCCAAAACGCAUGCAUCCUCCAAAGAAAGCAAAAGUGCCCGUGAAGAAUCCAUUAACUACAAAGCAAGCGGAGCAUGAAUGCUUACAUGAAUGCUUACAUGAAGCCAAGAGUGAGAGUGUAGCAGUCAAUCCAGCCCCCGCUGUUAAAAAGCUCUCUCAGAGCGGUGAGUCACAGAAGCACACACAGAGGCUCAACGAAAGCAAAUCAGUGAAAACUCAGGUAAUAACCCAAGAGGCUCACUCUGUUACUGUAGCCAAAACAGAUAAUACCACUGGGGCCUCUCAGCAGAAGAGCAUGAAAGAACAGAAGCAGCAAGUGCUGCCCCCACAGAAAAUACAAGCUCCUAAGCCUAUUACGAUAAAGAAUAAACAAAUGACUAAUAAUGAUCAAACAGAGACCAAAGCUGCUGACGUGAAUGUGAUGAAAGAGGUGCAAAACGUAUCACAGACCAACAUUUCAAACAAGCAAGUGUGCGAAACAAAAUCAAUCAAACAGAUGCAGACUACAGUGACGGAGAAAACUGUUGUUCGUAAGCAAACCGUGACGGAGCAAAUGUCUCAACAGCAAACGGAGAGUAAGGCGCUCACACAAAAGCAUAACAUGAAAAAUAUGAAGAGUGAACACCGUAACCUCGACAUGAGAGGGAAAGUUGUGAUCAAAAAGGCGAAGCCAGAGAUUCUUCCCCCUCCUCCCUCUUCACCACCUCCCCCCUCAGAGUCGGAGCUCUCCCUCCCACCGCCACCUUCGCCGGUGCUGGAGGGCCCAGCGUCCCCACCUUCUAUCAUGACGCAGGACAGCGACCUCCCACCUCCACCACCUCCGCCUCCCAUGGAGUGCAAGUCUGAGCCUGAAUUUUUCCCUCCUCCUCCGCCUCCUCCGCCUCCACCCUCUGUGGGCAGCCAAGAUUUUCUCCCACCGCCUCCGUCACAGCAAGAGCUUUAUGCAAUGCCUCCCGCCACAAAGCUGGGCAAGCCGAUCGGCAAGCCUUUAUUCAAAGUGCCCAAGCAACCAGAAACACAGAAGCAGCCUGUACAAGUUAAACCCAAAUGGCAGAAAAAGCAGCCAACUCCUCCUCCUCCUCCACCGCCACCACCACCACCUCAGCUCCCCCCCGCUCAAGCAGAAACGUGGUCAACAGAGCGUAAAGAAGAAGCUAAAGUUCAGGAAGUGAAAAAGGAAACUACCCAACAGAUUGAAACAAGCAAGCAGAUUCAGUCUGAAUUAACAGCAGUGUCACCAACAAGAAUACCAAGCAUCCCAGCUGUGAAACCAAUGCAAAGAGAGAGCCCAAAGCCACCUAAAAAAAGCUUUGUCCCUCCUAUUAAACUGCCUCCACCUCCCGAACCCGCUCCAGCCCCUAAGCCUAGACCUUUUGCCCGCAAAUUUAAAACCCCUCUCAUGCUUGCAGAGGAAAAGUACCGCCAGCAACUGGAGAAAGAAGAAAUGGAGAGGAGUAAUGUCACCACUCCCACUUCUCCACCAAUUAAUAUUCUCUCCUCUGCUGCCAGUCCUGAGCUUCAUGCAGCACAGAGCACAGAGACAAAAGAGGCCACGGAAGAGACAAAGGCAAAGAGCGAAGAAGCUAAAACUGUUUCCAAAGAAGUAAUAUUGCCUGCCAAGAAAAUCCCUUCCCAGAUCCCUUUGAGCAAACCCUUGAUCUCAGUUUUAAAUAAGAAAUCGGCAUCUGGGUCUUCACUGUCGGUGGAUAAAAAACAAGUUGCCAGCGAGCACUCAGAAAAAAUUGCCUCGACUGAUGUCGUUAACAAGAGUCAAACCGCAGCCAAGCAGCAGACCGUUUCUGUUUCUCAGGCCUCCAAUAUUGAAAACCAGUCAUGCUCGAAUGUGGUCACUACUUCAGUCACGGAGCAGCAGCAGUUUAUUAAGAAAUCCAGCACCAGGUCUAUCGCUGCCACACAUAGUGCUGUCCAGGAAAAUGUAAAUGUCCAAAGCCACACUGCGGUCACAUUGAAAGCUGAGGAUGUGAAGAAUAUCAAUGCGGCUCCGACACAGGAGGGGAAAAUGAGUCCCUCUCAACCCACUAAAAUUCCAAAGGUUACUCCCAGUUUCAAGGUGAAAACCUUUAAGAUGCCAACAGAGAAGAAAGAGGAGAAAAGUGAAACGCAUUUACAGCAAGAGAAAAGCUCUGUGUCACAGAAAAGUGAAACAAACGUGAUUCAGAAGAGCAACCAGCUUACGUCAGCAAGAACUGAGAUGAAAACAGAAAUGAAAGUAAAGGAGAAGAAAAGCCAUGUGACCCCACCCAUAAAGGAAGUUGAGGUGGAGGCUCACGUUAAAAAGGGAGAGCAGGUGCAAAAGAAUGAGACUGACGUAAAGCUGUCACCAUCCGUUACUGUUUUACUGCCUAAGGUGGCCAAGAUAACAUCUGCAGCAACUCAUCAAGGACAAGGCCGUGUAUCCAUCUCCCACAGUCAGCAGAGCAUAAAGGCAGAGCACAUCCAGCAACACGAGGAGGUGGUGGUGACUGAGAGUGUGGUACGGCAACGCUUUCAGAAACAAGAGGCCGUUCACAUGCAACAACAAAUAAAGGUACAAGCAGCGGAAGCGAGUAAAACACAGAUAAAGGCGGUGAAGUCAAAAGGCGAGCCUGAGGGUGUUUCUGUACCAGGGAUGGGCAAAAUAGCCCGUAAAGACGAGAUUCAUUCAGAAGAAAUCACAGUUUUGGAGAAAUGUAAUGCAAUGCAGAAGCUCCUCGCUCAAAUGAAAGAGCUCGAAGGCACACCGAGCAAAAUAGACUCCAACGCUGUCAGGAUGAUUAUAAGCGAACUCCCUGACUGGGCGAUGGGCUCGGAUGAGAAAAAGAAUUUAAGCGAAAUUGCUAAACGGCAAAGUAAGAAAAAGCUGAAAGAGAUGAUGGUCUAUGUGGGGAAUAUUUGUCAUGCAAAGCUCACAUUUUUGGAGGAGAGCUCGAAGGCUGUGGAGAAGCAGGGUCAUGAAAAAGAAGCACCGCCAACGCCUCCAAAACCAGACAAGAGUGUUUUGAAUGCAGCGACUGCAAAGAUAUCUAAGAUCAGCAUCGGCUCGUCCAAAAGUGAAAAGAAGCUGGUGGAAGAGAAGAUGUCACUUCAAGAGAGAAAAAUGCAUCAGGAGCUGAGGGACACGCCCAAUCAGAGGGUGUCCUCCCCUUUGGCCAGCAUCCGCACUCCGUCACCCACUUUUAUAAGUAUCGAGUCAAGGAGGAUAGACUCGCCGCUCGGAGUCACCCCUUCACCUCCACCUUACAAGGCAGUCGGUACACCUACGCCGCCUCCUCGCAAGUCAUACACGCCCACAUCGACCUUCAGCCGGGCCACGCCGUCCCCUACCAUGAGCCGCUCCGAGAAGCUGAUGAAACUGAGGGACACCACCUCCAAGCUUUCUCGCGGCAUGACCCCUCCGCCUCCCAUGCCGGCGGCGGAGUGUUUUGCAGCUGAGAGAGAGCAAUCGUCCCCAUUUAGCGACAGGGGGACUCCGAUAGAGAUACAGGAGCAAGGGUCGGCUGACAUGGCAGAAAUGGUGGACUCCAUGAUGACCGUGAGGGAUAAAAAGUCUUUCUUCGAGGAGGCGCAGAAGUUGGAGGUGAGCAGGAUGUACAUGCGGAAGGACCCCAUCGACAUCCCUGAACGUUUGGGGCCUGACGCCGAGGAAGGCGCCGAGGCCGUGACGAUAGACCUCAUGAAAGAGGAUCGCCCAAGAGUUGAUCUCUCUAAGCUGGUGAACAGAUUUGAAUCUCCACAACCAAAAGUCUUCGCAAGAAAAGAGCCUAUUGUCAUCACGGAGAGGCUGGGGAGUGAUACAGAGGAUGCGGAGGCUGACCCACCGAGAACCGAAGAAAUCCACUCGUUCAACGUAAAGGCGAUAAAGGAUGUGUUUGAGACCGGAGAGCACAGUUCUCAGGCAGCCCGGGAGCUCAGAGAACAAAUAGAAAGAAGAGAACCCGAGUCAGCCCACUCCGAGGCGGCGGGUCACUCGGAAACGACAGUGGUCACCGAGCAAUUCUGCAUCAUCGACGGCUCGACGAGCGAGGCGACCAGUGAGAUGCGUCCCGGGAGCUCCCUGACCCGCGGCAACCCUCCGUCCUACGCCGACGUGGUGAGAGGCGCGGUUCCAACGGUCGCCGUGCCCCCCGAGGCCUCCACCGAGGAGCUGCUGAGAAACUUCCAGCAGUCGUGGGCCGAGAGCCAAGGGGUUUUCCAGAACCUGGGUUUCAGUGUCACGGAGCAGAGGACCUCGCAGUUCGUAACGCACCAGCAGGCUACCGUCGUGACGGAAAAUUCGAGUUCCAGAGUCCGAACUGUGUCGGGUGUGUCGGAAGAGGGUUUACCCGAUGGAGUCGCUGAUCGCAGACAAACACAACUUCCAUAGAAGCUGCUUUCGCUGUGAGCACUGCAGUGGCAAACUAAGCCUUGGUAACUAUGCCUCUCUCCAUGGACGAAUGUACUGCAAGCCACACUACACGCAACUGUUCAAAUCCAAAGGAAAUUACGAUGAGGG